GGUUGCCGUACCACCUGUCGCCAUUUUCAAAACGGCUAAUCUUUAUUGCGCGGAGCAGAGUUGUUCAGCAGAGGAGUUUAAAUAAAGAAACGGAUCGUUUGAAUUAUUCAAGGAGAGCAGAUCAUUCUGCCCCUCCAGACCAUCAGACAAAAUGAUGGAGCUACCCAACUACAGCAGCCAGCUGAUGCAGCAGCUGUGGGCGCUGAGGAAAGAAGGCCACUUCUGUGACUGCACCAUCCUGGUGGGAGACAGCCCUCACCGCGCACAUAAACUGGUACUGGCCGCCUCCAGCAUGCUCUUCAGGUCUCUCCUGGAUGGCUCCGACACCAUCUCCAUCGACACGACCAUGGUUUCCUCGCAGGAGUUUGGCUGUCUGCUGGACAUGGUCUACACUGGCAAGCUGCCUCUCGGCAAACACAAUGUCAGCCGCAUUGUUGCCGCUGCAGACAGCCUGCAGAUGUUCGACGUGGCUGUCGGAUUCAAAAACGUCCUCACCAGCCUUGUGAACCAGCAACCUGCAGUCCCAGUCCUUUCUACACAGACUCCGAGUCUCACAGUGAUCAACAAAGCACAGACUACAAACCCUGAAGGUUCAGUUUCACCAAACAGGGACGACUUGACUUCAGACAAAAUGGAGCUUCAGCCUGAGCUGAAGAAGGAAGACAGUCAAAAUGGGUGUAAAGACGCAGAGGAACCAGCAUGUAAGAGAACCUGUGUGGAGCUCUCUCAGUCCUCAGAGCCUGAAGAGUCCCAAUCCUCAGAGAGGGUAGUGGAAGAGAACAAUACAACUGCAGCCGAGGUAUCGAAUGGGCCUGCCUCAGCGGCUGGUCUUCUGGAACAUUCCUCUCAGCUUGUGGAGCUCCUCGCCAACAUGUCAUCUGUCCUGGAGCUGCUGAGCCAGGCAGCACAGAAACACCUGGAUGAACAGGAGAGACAGAUUGUGUGUCAGUGCUGUGAGGAGGCAGAUCCCAGCUCAGCGCUGAAGAACCUGAUGAGCAGAGUGAAGGAGGGGCAGCUCAGCGAGGAAGCCCUUCUCAGUCUGCUCCGGACUGUUCAACAGAAAGCUCCUAACUCCUUCCCUACACCACUGCUCUCUUUGGUGGAAGAGGUGGAGAAGAACACACAGGAGCCAGACAGAGACCAAACUGAAGUUGACUCAGAAAAGCAGGACAGUAGCGGAAGUGAAGAAAAGCAGGAGGAAGAGGAAGAGGAAGAAACCAUUAAGGAGGAGACUGAAGAGGACGACAAAGUCAAAACUGCUACGACAGACUCUUCCUCCCCCUCCAAGCCUUACUCCUGUCGCUGGUGUAAGAGGGGUUUUGCCUACAAGUGUCGAAUGCUGGCCCACAUAAAGCGCUGCCCCAUGUCCCAGGAGUGUGAGCAGCAGUGCCCGGAGUGCCCGGAGAAGCUGGCCAACCAGCGAGCCCUGCAGCGGCAUCGGGCCGAGGCUCACCGCAACACCACGCGAGUGAAGAAGAAGGUGGCCUGUGACCUCUGUGGGCGAACCUUUGCUCACCCAUCAGGCAUGAUUUACCACAAGCGCACAGAGCACUUUGAAGAGAAACCGUUUGCUUGCGAGGACUGCGGCGCAAAGUUCGGCGCCAACUCGUCUCUGAAGAACCACAUGAGGCUGCACACGGGAGAGAAACCUUACCACUGCAAACACUGUGACAUGAGCUUCAGCGUGGCCGCUGCGCUUGCAUACCACACCAAGAAGAAACACUCUGAGGGAAAGAUGUAUGUGUGUCAGUAUUGUAAGGCCGUCUUCGCCCAGUCCAUUGAACUGACCCGUCACGUGCGAACACACACUGGUGAUCGGCCUUAUGUGUGCCGAGAAUGUGGCAAAGGUUACAGCCAAGCCAGCGGACUCACCGUCCACCUGCACACCUUCCACAAUUUGUCGGAGCCUCAUGACUGUCAGAAGUGUUGUCUCAGCUUCGCCUCGUUGGAGGAGCAUCGCCAGCACAUCCAAGAGUUUCACCCAAAAGAGUUCCACAAAUGUCCCACCUGUAAUAAGGUGUUCACCAGCGCCGCCCUGCUGGAAAAACACAAGGGCACACACACUGGAAGCAAGCCCUUCAGCUGCGACCUCUGCAACAAGUCUUACCAGCAACUGUCAGGCUUGUGGUACCACAACAGAACCAACCACCCUGAUGUGUUUGCUAACCACACACGGCAGCUCAAGACCCUGGUUCAAUGUGACGUCUGCUUUAAGUUCUUUCCCAGCGCUGCCACUGUGGCCAAACACCAGGCUGCUGAGCACCAAGGCUCAGCAGCGUCCGCGUUGCAUUGUCCGUACUGCCCGGCUGUGCUGGGCGGGGAGGAGGAGAUGCAGGAGCACGUCAGCAGCCAGCACGUCAGCCAGAGCAGUGAGGGGUUCAGCUGCCCCCUCUGCUCCCUGGUCUGCUCCUCCCAGCUGGAGCUGCAGGAGCACCUGCUCGCCUGCCACGUGGAGGCCCAGGAGGAGCAGGAGGUCAGAGAGGAGCAGGCCUCCACCUCCCACACAGUGAUUGCAGCAGAUCCAACAGGCAGUGAGGAGGUGGAGUCAAUGAUCUCUGAGGAGCAGGCACAGCUGGCAGCUGCCCAGCAGGUGUUUGUGGCUCUGUCAGGUGGACGAGAGGGUGUAUCAUCAGCGGAGGUGGUGGAGGUCAACAUGUAUGACCUUCUGAACAGCUCAGUCGCCUUCAUCUGUGAGGACAAACCUCCAGGUCCUGACUCCUAACCACAAACUUUGAACCCUUGACGAUCACUCUAGACACUGAGCAGUUUUACUGUCUCCUUUGAUCAUGGACACAGCUACAACACAGGCUAAACUGACAUCAUCCACAAGCUAAGGACUCUUUGUGGUGUGGGUUCAUAUUUAGUUCACCAAAAUCUUUUCUGUGGUAGAGUUGUUUUGAUGUUUUAAUUAAAUGUGGUGAUAAAA